CUUUGGGCGAUAAAUUUCACACAGACGAACCAUUUCUUUGGUCCCCCAAGUGUUGGACGACUCACUCUUCCCCAUUCAUUUCAAAAUUUUAAACUCCUCUGCUCUGCUCUGCUCUGUGGGUUUUUGGUGGGGAUGCAAAAAUUGAAGGUCACAACCACAACAACAUGGAUUCUUUCAGUGGAUUGUAUAUUGGAUUGGGCUCAGUUUUGGGGCUCCUCUUUCUGGGCAUAGCCGCAGAGCUCUACUACCUCCUCUGCUGGAAGAAGAAGAGAAUCAAUUCCACAGAGCUGGAAGACCACCACGAAUUCAAAGACAAAUCCCACGAAACCAAGCAGGAAUUGGACGUUGAAGAUGCAGAAGAUGAAGAUGAAGGGGAUUUGGAGGUGAUGGGGCUGUACAAUCUGGGAGGGCAGCCCAGAUUUCUGUUCACAAUCAACGAGGAAACCAAGGAGGAUUUGGAAUCGGAGGAUGGGAGAUCCAGAAAUCGAAGCCUUGGUGACAUAAUCAUGGCGAUCGAAACUCCAUUCUUCACUCCAAUGGCUUCCCCGCCGUCUCUCCAUGGGUUCGGAUUCAAUCCCCUCUUCGAAUCGUCGCCCCCUCCCAAGUUCAAGUUUCUGAGAGACGCAGAGGAGAAGCUGUACAGAAGGCUCAUGGAAGAGGCCCACAGAAAGCCCACAUUCCAUUGCUCCACCUCUUCUCAGGUGCUUCCUCUGGUUUCUUCUCCUCCUCAAUUUCCCACUAGUAACCUCUCUUGAUGAUUUCAUUCAUCUGUUUCUUCAAUUAUUUGUACAUAUUAUAGUUAUAGCUGUAGGUUUUGGAUGGAUCUGUUCCUUGUUUCCUCAGGCGUUGCUACCAUUUAUAAAUCCUUCUUUUCAAUUUUGGGGAAGAGAUUCAUGAACAAAUUAGAGUCAAUAGGUUUGUUAAUUACCUGGUUGCAAGGUGUACUGACAAAGCCCGGAUCCAUGAGAACAAUUAUCUAUAAAUUCUUUUAUAUGUAA